AUGAAGUUCUCCCUCCUCACCGUGGCUAGCCUCCUCAUGGGGCAGACGGCCCUGGCCGCCCUCAGCGCAAAGAAAUUCGCCAGCACAUCAGACCUCCAGUUCACCAUCGACGGCAAAACAGGCUACUUCGCCGGCUCCAACUCGUACUGGAUCGGGUUCCUGACCAACAACGUGGACGUCGACCUCGUCUUCGACCACAUGAAAGAAUCCGGGCUCAAGAUCCUGCGCGUCUGGGGCUUCAACGACGUCAACACCGUCCCCGGCCAGGGGACAGUAUACUACCAGCUGCACGCGAACGGGAAAUCAACCAUCAACACGGGCGCGGACGGACUGCAGAGGCUGGAUUAUGUGGUCCACUCGGCGGAGAAGCGCGGCAUCAAGCUCAUUAUCAACUUUGUGAAUAACUGGGAUGACUAUGGCGGGAUGAACGCGUAUGUCAAGGCGUAUGGCGAGACGGACCAUAAUGCGUUUUACUCCAACGAGAACAUCCAGAAGGCGUAUAGGCAGUAUGUCAAGGCUGUGGUGUCGCGGUAUACGAACUCCCCUGCGGUGUUUGCGUGGGAGCUGGCCAAUGAGCCUCGGUGCAAGGGGUGUGAUACCGAGGUGUUGUACGAGUGGAUCAAGUCGACGAGCGAGUACAUCAAGAAGUUAGAUAAGCGGCAUAUGGUCUGCAUUGGCGAUGAGGGCUUCGGCCUCGACCUCCUCUCCGACGGCAGCUACCCCUACACCUACGUCGAAGGCAGCAACUUCACGCGCAACCUCGCCCUGCCCACCAUCGACUUUGGAACCUUCCACCUGUACCCGGACAGCUGGGGGACCACCCACGAAUGGGGCAAUGGCUGGGUGCAAUCGCACGGCGCCGCAUGCAAGGCCGCCGGCAAGCCCUGUCUGUUUGAGGAGUACGGCGUUACCUCCAACCACUGCGCGCUCGAGACGCCCUGGCAGAAGACCUCGUUGAAUACGACGGGCACGGGACAGUCGCCGAAUGAUGGCAAUACGAUUUAUUAUGGCACGGAUGAGUUCAAGUGUAUUGUGAAGGAUCAUGUGGCGGCUAUCAAGGCAAAGCAGGGGUGGGUUUAGGGGCGCCGUUGACUAGUAUGUCAG